AUAUUAUAAAUAAUACAUUCUGUAUUCAGCUAACACAUCCAUCCGUAUUCCAUAAUAUCUCCUGUUCGCCUGUUCGUCCUCCUCUCUUCCUCCACUUCAUCUCGGUGGACCUUUUUUUUUUGCUGCGAGAAACGUAGAUCCAGCUUGUUUCGAUGUCGAAAUGCACAGCAAAUAUUGGGCAUGAAACCUACAGGAUCUUCAUCGUCGAUAACGGAGGCAAGAACUACCUCGCCGUGGACACGUCCGGCAACGUCGUCCUUGUGGAAGAUCCGGAGAGAACGCAACCCUCCAGCAACUCCUAUGGCCGACAGCUGAUAUGGUACAAGGUCGUCGACGAGGCCACCGGCGGCGGCGGCAGCACAACUAACCAGAACUUCGUCCUGAAAAACAACAGCAAGCCCCUCGUCGUCAAGAGUAGUCGUGGCGACGGGCGGCAGCGGCUGGAUGUUGUUCUUGGCCAGGGAAGAGAUGUUGGAGAACGCUGGACGUUGGAGGAGAUACACAAGGGCGUAUGCUACAUCAAGAGUGGGAGCUACUCCAACCACAUCUUCACUGGCGUCUCGACCAAGAGGACCGUCCACCUGCAGGAGAAGCGCUUGGCCAAUGCCCUCUCCCUCUGGACGUUCGUCCCGGCCGAGGACGCCGAUCCAAGGCAUACCCCCGAUGGGGGUGCAUCGCUAACUCUAUCAAGAACAGCUCCCCACGGUGUUCCACAAGUAUUAGAGCCGUCUGGCAAGAUGCAUACUUUUACAGGAGAUGCUGGCACAUCAUUAGGUAGUGCACAAUCUAAUCAGAGAAAGCCUGUUAAAGGUGGUCGUGACGGCGGGCGCAGAAGAAACCCAUAAGUAACCAUGAAUGGACGGCUUCUCUGUGUUGCGUACAAGCAUUGUGGGCUCCAGUCAAAGUACAAGACAUAUAUACGGUGGAUAUAUAUAUAUACUCCUACUCCUACUCCUACAUAGGAGUCCUUCUGAAUCUAUUUGUGAUGGAUUGUGUGACUGUAAUCAUAUUGUAAACGGUUUGUCGCGCAACUUCUUAUAUGUGUAUGCUAUAUAUAUGAGGUGUGUAAGACGAUUAUUAUUAUUAUUAUUGUUGUUGUUGUUGUUGUUGUUGUUGUUGUUGUUGUUGUUGUUGUUGUUGUUGUUGUUGUUGUUGUUGUUGUUGUUGUUGUGCUUUCAUUAUGUAAUAUAAUAAGAGUUGGUUUGGUUU